AUGACGAACCCGCGCUUCUCCCCCGAACAAGUGACCGUGGUCUUCCUCCUGGGCGGCCCCGGCAGCGGCAAGGGCACGCAGUCGACCAAUCUAGUCCGCGACUACGGCUUCGUGCACCUGUCGGCGGGCGACCUCCUGCGCGCCGAGCAGGUCCGCGAGGGCAGCCAGUACGGCGACCUGAUCCGCACGUACAUCCGCGAGGGCAAGAUCGUGCCGAUGGAGAUCACCGUGGCGCUGCUGUCCAACGCCAUGGCCGAUGCCCUCAAGCAAACCGAGGGACAGGGCAAGGGCAAGGCCCGCUUCCUCAUCGACGGCUUCCCGCGCAAACUCGACCAGGCCGUCUUCUUCGAGGACACCGUCUGCCCGUCCGAGUUGACCCUCUUCCUCGACUGUCCCGAGGAGGUCAUGGAGCAGCGGCUGCUGAAGCGCGGAGAGACCUCCGGCCGCGACGAUGAUAAUGCCGAGUCGAUCCGGAAGCGGUUCCGCACGUUUGUCGAGACCAGCAUGCCGGUUGUCGAGGCGUUCGCGGCCCAGGAUAAGGUUGUGUCUGUGUCGGCGACGGGGUCCGUGGACGAGGUGUAUGCGCGCAUUCGGGAGGGAUUCCAGGCGCGGGGCGUGCAGCCGUCUGCGUGA